GCGAGAUAGAGAGAGAGAGAGAGAAACACGGGCUCAUUGUGAUGUGCGAGAGAAGAACCCAGACGCCUCUACUGAUGGAAGCUUCUUGCAGCGCUCUCUCUCUCUCUCACACACACAAAUAUACAGAGACACGCACACUCGAGUGAAGCUUAAUGCAUUGAUCCACACUGAUCAGCUGUAGAAGCAGUAGCAGCAGUUAUCACUGUUUUCAUCUGCAGCAGCCGCAGCAAUAUCAGCUGAAGCUGUGACAGCAGUGAUAUCAUCCACGCCAUCGGCAGCAUCAGCAGCAGCAUCAUCAGCAGCAGCGGCAAUACAAGAAGCAGGGGUAUCAGCAGCAGCAGUAGCAGCAACCAUCAGCAACACCAUCAUCAUAAUCAGCAGUUGAAACAAUCAUUAUCAGCGUUAUGUUCAGCAGCUAGAAUAGCAGCAGCAGCAGCAUCGGCGCUUGGUCGUGGGGUUGCUGUCAGUGACAGUUCACGGCAGAUGCCUCUGUCUCGUGGAAGGUUCAGCAAAGAGGGACAACAGGAGGCGCAGGACCGCUCCUGCUGAAGCUCGCCAGCGGCCGCACCGCUCCAGGCAGGGGGGGAGGGGGGCCCUUUGAUCCGGCGUCGCCCGUGGACCAUGCGGCCGGGGGCCCGGCAGCACCUCCGGCCCAGCGACCGCCCGAGCGCGUGGCGCGGUGGCACGAGGGCCCGGGAGCCGCACGCGGCGGGCGCGUGAACGAUGAGCGGCGAUGGCGAGGCGCUCUUCCUGCGCGAGAACUCCCUGGCGUGGCUCGUCUGCUCGCUGGCGGCCCUCGUCGCCAACGUCUGGGGCAUCCUCAGCGUGUCGGCCAAGCAGCAGAAAUGGAAGGCGCUCGAGUUCCUCCUGUGCACCCUGGCCGGCACGCACGCCCUCACCGCCACCAUCCCCCUGCUCAUGUACGCCGUGGUGAACAUGCGACGCAGCUCAUCGGACUACGAGUGGACCGAGGGCCUCUGCAAGGUGUUCGUGUCCAGCUUCUACACCCUGGCGCUCGCCACCUGCUUCACCGUGUCGUCGCUCGCCUACCACCGCAUGUGGAUGGUGCGCUGGCCCGUCAACUACCGGCUGAGCAACACGCGCAAGCAGGCGGUGCAGGCCAUCAUGGGCAUCUGGACCGUGUCCUUCAUCCUGUCCACGCUGCCCGCCGUCGGCUGGCACGACACGACCGAGCGCUACUACGCGCGCGAGUGCCACUUCCUCAUCACCAAGAUCGGCCUCGGCUUCGGCGCCUGCUUCCUCACGCUGCAGGGCGGCAGCCUAGCCAUGGGCAUCGCGUGCACGGGCAUCACCCUCUACCAGACCGCGUGCCGCGUACACCAGGCCCGCCGCGCGCCCGAGAAGGUCACCAUCACGGUGCCCACCAUCGUGGUGGAGGACACCACGGGCAAGCGCAAGUCGUCCAUCGACGGCUCCGAGCCGGUGCAGACGUCCCUCAAGACCACCUACCUGAUUAGUGUCAUCGUGUUCUUCUACGACUGUCUCACCGGCAUCCCCACGCUGGUGAUCAGCUUCGUGAGCCUGCGCUACGACGCACAGUCCUUCUGGAUGGUGCUGGCGCUGCUCUGGUGCUCUGUGGUGCAGACGCUGCUGCUGCCGCUGUUCCUGUGCACAUGCGAGCGCUACCGCGCCGACUGCCCCACCAUCUGGGAGCACUGUGCCACCCUAAUGGCGGCCGAGGAGCUCGAUGACGGCAUGAAAACCAACGGGGGAUGCGUUCGUGAUUUGCCGGCCGAGGGGGAUGUCGAGCUGAGCGCCAGCAAAGAGAGCAUCGCUCUCAACCGCAUACCACUGGAGGGGUAUCAGCUGCGUGAUCUGCACCAGUUGCUCGUGGAAGGCAAGCACUUUCUCCAGCUGCCACACACGAGGCGCUGUUCGCACGACGACGCGGACAUGUGCUGGCCCGUGGGGUCGUCCAGCGGCGGCAAGCUUCGCGGGCCCACAGACGACUCCUCCACCGGGCUACAGCAGCACGCCUCGCCCAAGCACUAUCGCAAGAGAUUAAGCGGCGGCGGCGGCGGCGGCGGCAUCGGAGUAAGCAGCAGCGCCGGGCAGAUCUCGACCUCGGGAUCGGCUUCAGACGGGCGCCCCGCCAACUACGCAGGGCGUCGGCGGCGCUCAGAGGGCGGCGUGACGGCCACGCUGCGCCCCGUCGUCGUCAAGACCAUGAGCCUGGACGAAGGCGAUGGCGACAGCGGCAGCAGCCGCUUCUUCACGCUCGACGAGAUCAUCAGCUACAUCGACGAGACGCCCAUGGUGAGCCCCUGCCCGAGCCCGGCCCGCUCCUCCACGCCAAGGGGCGGCGGCCCACGCACCAGCACGCCUGUGCCAAGGCACGGCACGCCGUCCAAGGGCGCGCGCGGCCUGCCCGACUGCGAACUGUUUGUUGUGUCUGGAGGGACCUUUGACAUCGGUGGCGAUGGUGGUAACCGGGAUGCGGAGGACGCGGAGAUGGUGGGGGCGCAGAUGAAGUGCGGAGACCAUGGUGCCGCAGACGGCUGCUGCUGGGACAAAUGCUCGACGACGAGAAGAAUCAAUAUUUCCACGCAGAACGGCGUAACUCAGUGACAAUGUGCGCUGGAAUUGCACGCGUGGCCACUGAGAAAUGCACUUGGUUUUCCAAGAUCAAGCUCUCGGGGUGGAGCUCCGAGGUCCCUUCAUGGGCUCACGUGAGAUUUUCCACCGAGAUUGUGACUGUGGAGGCAGAUUGGACUGUUGAAACGUAACAGCUUUUUUGGAAAACCCAGUCUUGAGCGUUUAUUGAUAAGCCAUUGAAUAAAUGUGUAUCUUUACAGAUUGAUAAGAUUGCAGUACUCACGAUACUACUACGACUGUGACUGUAAUUAAAAACCAUGGAUGGUGAUGAGAGAAAACAAGCCCUGAAUACAGAUCAGGACAAUAAAAAAUACGCAUGACAAGUAAGACGCAUUCAACAACAGAGAACAAUAAAAUAUAACAAACACAUGAAGAAGAGGAAAGGGUCUGUUUCAUCACCGGAACAGAAUCGCACUUAGUAAGUCCAUCACCAAUGGGCAUGAAGGACCAAUGUUUUGCAGCAGUAUUUGUUUAAAGGGGCAUAAGCCUGGACUGGUUUUGACUUUGUUGAUGCUUAUUAGCAGGGUAUGUCCUGCAUAACAGAUGCUCCCGGGUUGUCUGGUGUUAUAGGCAUGAGCCAUCUUUUGAUCACUGUUGGGUUAAGCGCAGUGCAAAAUUAUUUCACAGUUGUCUUGCGCCUUCUUGUACAGAAGUGGCGGGGUUUGAGGUUUGAUAUGAACGCGUAACAAGGCUCGUGUUGCUGCGAGGACUUUUUUUACUUGCAUGAAGCAUGUUGCGUGUAUUUUGCAGCCACAGGUGCUGAUGUGCUGAAUAUCAAGAAGGGAACCAUUUCAUAGUUGAGCUGUGAUGAUUUGCAAAGAAAAACAAAGGCCAGAUGUUUCCUUCGAUACAAGCGAGUCUCCAUCUAGUGGUGGUGAAGAGUCACUAGGGCAGCCUUACUUUAAUAGUCCAUUAAAACAGUCGUCCAUUUGUCAAAGGUUGCCGAUAUUCACAUUUGAUUUUUUUUUAUUUAAGUACAUCGUUAAUUGAUUUUAUUUUCCGAAGGAAGCACUUUCUCUAUAUGGACAUGAUGUUAAAUGUCAUGAAGGCGAAAUAUUGCGAAGCACGUUGGUCGAUUUUGUGCAGAGCGAAUUUUGGGUUACGUUUAUUAUAUUAAUAAUAACAAUGCCCUUGACUUCACCAAGAGAGCCUCACUGAGUCUCAAGACUCUUCUUGGGAGGGUCCUGAUACAUUGAGAUGUUUUGGCCAACUCCAUGAAAGGGGUUGGCUUCGUGUGGGAGGAAACCCAAUUCCCCCAGAAUAACCCCACGCAUAUUUUUCAAGCGGGUAACACCUCGCAGAUUAAAGCAUCCAUUUCUGCACUGCCAUUUCCUGGCCACCUCUCAACACCAGCAUACAACACUUGGUAUUCCAAGGCAGUCUCUCGUCCAUCCAAGUACUAAACACUGGCUCAGUCCUGCUUAGCUGUUGAGAUCUGAUGAUUGGAAGCAUUUGAAAGGGUGAUUUUGACCUUGUAUUAUGAAAGGGUUAAUUUUGCCGGUUUUUUAGCUGACUGUAAAUAUUCAAACGAUUGGCAAACAUGUUCAUGGUGGCCACAACCAUUAGGCGCAGCUCUGCAAUUCAACCCGAGCUACACUUAAAUGUCACGAAAAAAAUCGUUCCAUCUCCUUGUACUGUAUUAUAUUUCCUCUCUGGGGGACCGCGGUUGCAGUGGUUAGCACAACGUACCGCUAUAAAUCCUGCUACACGAGUACUCCGGUUUAGUUCCCAGCUACAGAUAACAUCGUGGUGAUUUAUAUCUGAAUAUCUGAAGCAGACGUAGCAAUCCUCCCCUGCUAACCAAGCCCCCCUUCACCAAUCCGCACUGACCACCGUGGUGAAGUAUGGUUAAACGACCCCUCAUGACUAACACUGUGUGGGAAGGCCUUCAUCCAAACAGUGGAUUUACAAAGAGCUGAAAAGUAUUAUUGUCAAUGACUUUAUUACUAUAUUAAUUCUAAAAAGACCAGGAUUUAUUUACAAAUGUGGUAUGGAUAUAUGGAGAUGGGCAUUUGUCGGAAUGCGGUUUUAAAAUAUGAUACCUUAACACAUUUAUAAUCUAAUGGGAAAUGUACUCGUAUUCAUGAAUUAAUUGCAGAGUACUGCAGCCAAGAAAAAAACAUUACAUAAAUUAUACUUAAGUGGUUAGUCAAUUGUAUUAUCUGAUACAAAAGAGCGCAAUUUAAAAAUAUGGGUUAAACACUGCAAUGAAGUACUCUGAUAAAAGCUUAACGAUUGGGAAAGUAACGAUGCAUCAAUUACUUUCAAUGUCACAUUGUGCUCACAACACGUGCACAGAUUCCUACUUGUGUGACUCCAUUGUUGAUCAUUUAUGUAUUACUACAUGGUGUUACAUCAAGGCUGAGUGAACAAAACUGUUUGAAGACAGAAAACAUUUCAAAUAAUACAAACGAGGCAGUAAAAACGAGACAAAAAAUACUUCAUUUGGUUAAAUAAUGAUCCCGAAUCUACGUUAUGAGUGAAUUGUUACACGUUCAUUAACAAGCCCACGUUACUGGCACCUUAUGACCAGGGGUCAGAUCUACACAUGGCCAGGGAUGGCCAAACCGCGGCUGGGCAGUUCCAAGUGCUGCUCGAUGGAGACGUUUAUAUAUAUUUUUGACUUUUCAAUUUUACUUCAUUUGAAACGGGAAACAUCUGCCGAAUUGUGACUAGCCCGAGGCACUUGUGCCUGUGGCGGCGGAGCCAGACAUGAUGAGUACUUGUGGGGUGCUACUGUCGAUUUUUUAAAAAUUAAAAACUCCACAGCCAACCAGCGCACUAGCGAACUGGCUGUGACCACCGUUGUUGUUUUGUGGCGAUCGGUCGCGUGAAUAUUUUGGUUCGGAAGGUCAGGAAGUUUGGUCACGCACUGACCACUUGUGUGAGCACCACUGCCGCUGUGCUCUCUUUCUUCCACACUCGGGUCACACAACACCACUAAAGAGACUGGAGACUCCGUUAUCCCACGAGCGUACAAGACGCACAAGGCCGUUCAAGCACACGAGGCAUACAUUUCAGUUCCCCGCGUCCCUGUCGUCUUCCUGACACAGCAAUGCAACGCCGUGCAGGAAGAAAACACCAAGCGACACAAAUAUAACCCGCAACAGAUUGUGACGUCGAUCUCAUAACAUCGGUGCACUCCAUGAAAACCCCAGUGACUUGUUCUUGCGACCUUAAACGAUGGAGUUCUGUGAUAGCGCUCCGCAAUUGGUCCACGAUAAUCCUUUCGGUUCACGAUCCGAGGCCAAAUCCAGUGUCUUAUCCCGUGCACUUCCACCUGCAACGACGUUCCGCACGUGUUUCGUGUUUUUGCCCCGAUACCCGCGUCCUUUCGCCUGUGCGCUUGUGAAGUUUGGCUUUUCGGGGCGUCGGUUCAAGCGAUGAUGGCUCGUGUCCCGGGGGGUGGGGGGGGGCAUGCGUGCAAGCGGCUGCGACGGUUACUAUUUGUGACUGGUCCUAUUGAUAUGUUACCGAUGUUUCAGGUGUUCUGUAGCUGAAGGUUGUGUGCUUUGAUAAUAAACGUUUUAAAUACCAUUAUGUGCUUUAAGUUGACGUCCCGUAUUGUGUUAAUUGUAUUGGUGGAUUGCCAACUUGAAAUGAAAAAAAAAAUUCCGCUAUCUUUCCUUCUGAAAUCAACAACUGCCUUGUCUUGUGAAUCCAAAAUUCGUUCCUAUUAUGAUCAAUAUCAUCGUCGUUAUUUUAAUUUGUUGUUUUUUGUUGUUGUUAUAACGUGGGUUGGAUGACUGUACAUUGGGUCAACGUGCUCGUCUCUUUUUGCAGCAGAAAACAAUAUUUUAAAACACUUUUUUUCCCCCUCUCUCCUUCAAACGAAUAAAAAAAGUAUGCCCGUUUCUGCUCUCAA